AGGAGUAGGCAACAGCAGAAGAUAACGGCUACAAAUACUAAUAAUAAUAAUAAAAAAACUGUCUGUGCAUGGGAAUCCGGACUACUCUUCCCUCCUUUUGUGCGUCUCGGUCUGUGGGUACGCCGUCUUGGCUGGCGUAUAAGAGCUCCCUGCGUCUCCAUUACCAUUCCCCACUGCUGGCUUACCUCUACUACCACUCCUCCUCCUCUUACUACUCCUACUUGCCUGUGUUACAAGAAGAGCUCUAGUGCUGAUUUUAAUACAGUCAUCUCUGGAGUGAGGAUACUCGCGCGAUUUUAAAAAGAUUCAACCUCCUGAUCACCUCACCACAGUCCUGAUCUCGUCAAUAUGGGCUGCUGGGAUCACUCCACUCUCCUUUCCCCUGCCAUGAGGCUUGCAGUUGUUGCUGUGGUCCUGCUUCUUAAACUCAAUCCAUCAUUGGCUGGUGCCUCCCCUGAGCAGAGCUUGGGUGGCUCCCUGUCUGCGGAGCUACCUAGAAAUGAAACUGAAUGCAGCAAGGCGGAGCAGUGUGAAAGAGGGGUGCUCCUACCUGUUUGGGAGCCCCAAAACCCAUCCUUCGGUGACAAGGUCGCCCGGGCAACAGUUUACUUUGUGGCUCUGGUCUACAUGUUCCUGGGUGUGUCGAUCAUUGCAGAUCGUUUUAUGGCAUCAAUAGAGGUUAUCACAUCACAGGAAAAGGAAAUCACUAUUAAGAAGCCCAAUGGGGAAACCACGACUACUACAGUAAGGAUCUGGAAUGAAACAGUCUCAAAUCUCACCCUCAUGGCUCUGGGCUCCUCUGCUCCUGAAAUCCUUCUGUCGGUCAUAGAAGUUAUUGGUCACAACUUUAAUGCUGGAACACUGGGACCAUCAACCAUUGUUGGUUCUGCAGCAUUCAACAUGUUUGUCAUCAUUGGACUCUGUGUGUAUGUGGUGCCUGAUGGCGAGACAAGGAAGGUCAAGCACCUACGCGUCUUCUUCGUGACGGCCACCUGGAGUAUCUUUGCUUAUAUAUGGCUCUACCUGAUCUUGUCGGUGAUCUCUCCUGGUGUUGUGCAGGUGUGGGAGGGCCUGCUCACUUUCCUCUUCUUUCCCAUCUGCGUUGUGUUUGCCUGGGUGGCUGACCGGCGCCUGCUGUUUUACAAGUAUGUGUAUAAACGCUACCGCACUGGCAAGCAGCGUGGCAUGAUCAUUGAGACUGAGGGCGACCGUCCGCUUCCUUCCAAGGCGGACAUUGAGAUGGAUGGGAAGAUGCUGAACUCUCAUGGUGUUGACUUCCUGGAUGGUCCAUUGGGGUUGGAUAUUGAUGAGAAAGAUCUGGAUGAGGAGGAGACCCGCAGAGACAUGGCUAAGAUCCUGAAAGAGCUCAAACAGAAACACCCUGAUAAGGAGGUGGAACAACUCAUUGAACUUGCCAACUACCAAGUCCUGAGCCAGCAGCAGAAGAGCCGAGCUUUCUAUCGAUGCCAGGCCACCAGGCUGAUGACGGGUGCAGGCAAUAUCCUGAAAAAACAUGCCGCCGAUCAGGCAAGAAAGGCUGUCAGCAUGCACGAGGUUCGCUCUGAUGCUGGUGACAAUGAUCCCAUCUCUAAGAUCUUUUUUGAGCCUGGUUCUUACCAAUGUCUCGAGAACUGUGGCACAGUGGCUGUGAAUGUGGUGCGGCGGGGCGGCGAUCUGGGCAAAACGGUUUCUGUGGAGUACCGGACAGAAGACGGCACAGCCAACGCUGGCUCCGACUACGAGUUCACAGAGGGUGUGGUGGUGUUCAAGCCUGGCGAGACCAUGAAGGAGAUCCGUGUGGGCAUCAUUGACGAUGAUAUCUUUGAGGAGGAUGAAAACUUCCUCAUUCACCUCUCCAAUGUCAAGGUGUUGACAUCAGAAGGUGAAGAGCCAGAGGAAGGCGAAUCCGCUAACCACGUGGACUCUGUGGCCUGUCUCGGCUUACCGUCCACAGCAACCGUUACCAUAUUUGAUGACGACCAUGCUGGCAUCUUUACAUUUGAGGAGCCUGUUUGCCACGUCAGCGAGAGCGUGGGCACCAUGGAGGUGAAGGUGCUGAGAACAUCUGGGGCUCGUGGUGUGGUCAUGCUGCCGUACAAGACGGUGGAGGGAACUGCUCGAGGUAGCGGCGAAGACUUUGAAGACACUCACGGCAUCCUUGAAUUUCAAAACGACGAGAUCUUGAAGACCAUAACCAUUAGGAUCUUAGACCGGGAGGAGUACAAUAAGCAAUCCUCCUUCUACGUUCUGCUUGAACCCCCCAUAUGGAGACGCAGCAGGAAGGCACAGACAGAGGAAAAGCAAAAGGAGGAGGUAGAGGAACAAGAAGCACUGACAGGAAAAGAUGAAGAGGAACGACGCAUAGCAGAAAUGGGCCGUCCCAUGCUGGGAGAUCAUGUCAAACUGGAGGUCAUUAUCGAGGAAUCAUACGAGUUCAAGAAUACAGUGGACAAGCUCAUAAAGAAAACCAACUUGGCUCUGCUGGUAGGAACCAACAGCUGGAGAGAUCAGUUCAUUGAAGCCAUCACUGUAAGCGCAGGUGAAGAUGAUGAUGACGAAGAGUGUGGGGAGGAGAAACUGCCAUCUUGUUUUGACUACGUCAUGCACUUUCUCACUGUCUUCUGGAAAGUUCUGUUCGCCUUCGUCCCACCCACUGACUACUGGAGCGGUUGGGCCUGCUUUGUCGUGUCCAUCUGCAUGAUCGGACUCCUCACUGCUGUCAUUGGUGAUCUGGCCUCUCAUUUUGGCUGCACAGUGGGUCUGAAAGACUCUGUGACAGCAGUUGUAUUUGUUGCACUGGGGACCUCUGUUCCAGAUACAUUUGCCAGUAAGGUAGCUGCUAUCCAAGACCAGUAUGCAGACGCAUCUAUUGGUAAUGUGACAGGCUCCAAUGCUGUCAAUGUUUUCCUGGGCAUUGGGGUAGCGUGGUCCAUUGCUGCCAUCUAUCACCACACCAAGGGGGAGGAGUUCAGGGUGGAUCCCGGCAGACUGGCUUUCUCCGUCACACUCUUCACCAUCUUUGCCUUCAUCUGUGUCGCCACUCUGAUGUACCGGCGGCGACCAGAGAUUGGUGGAGAGUUGGGUGGGCCCCGGACUGCCAAAGCCCUGACCACCAUGUUGUUUGUCAGCCUGUGGCUCCUCUACAUUCUCUUCUCCUCACUGGAGGCCUACUGCCACAUCCAAGGCUUUUAAAAUGAUUGGAGAUGAAGAAGGGAAGGGUGGGACAGAAGGAUGACGAUGUGGAAGAAACCAUGGGGAGGAGGAUAAAUGGGUUGAUUUGGAAGUUAAGGCUGUCCCAUUGAUCUUUCACUCCCUUUUUGCAAUACGUUGAAUAUGAAUAGAUGUACAGAUGAAGGACUUGAAGACGCAUUAAAGCAUCUAAAAACAGACUGGAAGGAGGGACGGAUGCAUGGAGGGACAACAAUAAACAUGAGAAUCAUAGGAGCUAGAGAAAUCACUCAGAAAAUGGGGAAUUUGAUGGAAAAGGGAUAAACAAAGGAAUUCAUUUUUUGCCUCAAUCCUCAAAUCCAGGCCUGUCAAGGUGUCUUAAACCAACUUUAAAUUCAUGAAACAAAACCUUGAAGUUGCAAACACGUAAAAAUGCAAUGUGUUCCAGCUGGUUCAACGAUAGAGAAAUCUAAAUAAAUUUAACAUAGAUUAAAACAGACCAAUCAAGCUUCAGUAAUGGCAAUCACCUGAAGCCUCCUCCAGUUGGAGUUAAGCACCUCCUGUUUGAAAAAUAUCAGUAUAUAUGUGCAUGACCACACUACCGAAAACACAAUCAGAAGAAAUGGAAUUUAUUGCCACAACUGCUUAAUUACGACAAACUGUGUGUGUGUGAUGGUGUUUCUGUGCUUGUGUGCUGUGGGAAGAUGGUCAAGUACUGUGAAGAAAAAAAAAAACGCCUCUAAAUUUUGCUGUUUCUGCGUGAGACUAAAUGCUUUCAUAGUCAAGGUCUUUUUGACUCUUGCUCUCCUAGCUUGUAGAAAUGCUGAGUCUGACUCUUAUGAGAGAGCAUAUGAAGUGAGGCAAAAGCUUUUGAUAAUUGCUGAAGUCAGUUGUGUGUGUAUAAUAUAGAGCUGAACAUACAUUACAGCUCUACUGAUUUCCUUCUGAAUGUCUUGGUUAUGCCAUGCGCUCCUAAAUGGGCCCUUGUUCUGUUGCAUCAUACUGUAGAUGUAAAUAAUUUAAGGUCUUAUAUGAAUCAAGAAGGGGAUAGUGUGCUUUUACCUUUAAUAAGGCCAUGCCCAAGAGGGCAAACUGGCCACCUUACCGUUAAAAACUGUUAGAGAAACUAUAAUCAUUGCAUUAAUAUCGAAGUUAAUGUUGUGUGUUCGGUUUUUAACUUUCCACAAUUGAGAUCCUUGCCAUUAUCUUUCAUAAUACCAUUGCAAUGCACUAUGAAAAACAUAGGGUACCAUGCUCUGUAAAACCCGACAGGCAUUCUGUUAAUUGUUUCUGACGUCUCACGUUGAUGCAGCUUGGUUCAUUCAACAGCUCCAGUCAAAAUCCUUGUGUGUCUUCAGCACCUCUCCCUGGCUGGUCAGUGGACCAGUCAUAAUCCUCAAGGGCUUUGUAACAACCACUAAUCCCUAACCCUAACCCUUGAUUUAUAAUUCUUUGCAUAGAUUGGUUGGUGGGGAGCUAUUUAUUGAAAGCUUGUAUUGCUAAACCUCAAACAUUGACACAAUUGAUAGGACUUUGCUUCACUGUGGCAAUAAAAGAUGGACUAAAAUAACACAACAUAGGGGAAAAAACAUUCUUUGUAUUUCCAGAUAAAGAAUCCAAAUGAUCAAAAUACUGAUCAAAUUAAGAUGACAUUUUAUAACAAAACCUUCCCAUUAAUUCCAUUCAGCUCUAUUCCGAAUGAAAUCAUCAAUGCAAUGUUAAUCCCCUGCCCACUUCCACUUAUAAUGUAAAAAAAAUACUAAAGGCUGGAUAGUGAAGGCCUUAACCCAAAGGAAGCACUUAAUAUCAGAAUUUCUUUACCUUUAUUCAAAGCUUAGUGUCCACUCUUAAAGAAUCAUAAUGUAAUUUGCGUGAUUUAUCAAGUCAUACGUCAACAGAUGUCAUUAUAUGGGAUCAAAAGUCUUAAAAUGAAAGCCAUCAGAUAAAAGGAAUGUUUUUUUUAGGUUUGUUUGUUUUGUUUUGUUUUGUUUUUUGCUAAUUAUUGCUGUUGGUGCAGAAGUCUGCUUAGGUAUGGGUGAAUAUUGUUGUAAAGUCUAAUCUCAACCAACCUUCAUUUGACAAGCACUAAGGUUUGGAGAAAGUGGCAUAAAAAGGAUGGGGAUAUUGAGAUCUCAUUUCAAUGUAUUUGCUUGUUUAAAGGAAUUUACCCAUCCCCAGGGUCCUGUAUCAUAAUAAUCAUGCUGUCAAGUAUGGAUAACUAGCUGGACCUGAUAAGGUAGAGUUUAUAAUUUGACAUAGUUUUAACAGAUCAAAAGUACUCUAAUAAGUGAUAUGUACAAGGCUCUUCCAUCAUAAAUGGGCAAGUUAAAAAAAAUUGUGGUAAUCACUGCAGUCAAUCUGGCCAACAUUUGAAAUGGUACAACCAGUGAAUGAAAAUAUCUGCAGACAACAGUGUAAAAAUUUUUGACAUAAAAUUUGGAAAGUAAUUGUGUAGUGAGUACAAAUAUUUGCCACAUGAGUUUAGUCAUUAGCUUUGACAAUAUUGGGAUCUAUCCUAGAAAACCUAGUAUGCUUAAAAAUCCAGAUCACCGCAAAUAAGUUCUACAAGUUCUAUGUGCAACCAUUUUUACUGGUUUGAUUGAAAACGCAUCUCAGCCUUAUUUCAACUACAUUUUCAGCUUUACCACUGUGUGCAGGGUGGGACAGGGGUAUGACCGCAAAUGUUUCAAUUUACGAAAAAUUUCCAAUAGUUGGCUCGAGUAAAAACCUGUCUUUUACUUGAGUAUCUGACAAUAAUAAUUAGCUGUUACAAUAAACUUUUAAAUGAGAGGUCAAAUUAACUUUUAGCUGCCAAAGCAUAAGACUGAGAACUAUCAUGAAAACAAAGGUGCAUAAAUUCUCAAGCCCUCUUUGACUGUGAGAAAAGUCUAGACUUCAGACUGUUACCUACACGUUCAGCUAAAACCGCAAAGAUCCCAGCACAUGAAAAAACAAACUUACAAGUAGGCAUUGAAUGACACUACUGUAUGCAACUGAAUUUAUCAGUAUUCCCCUGUUUUAACUGGAUGUGUAAUAUGUUUAAAAUGCUAUCUGUAAAGUCAGUAGUCCGGACUAGAUCCAAUCUAUUGUAAACUUAGCAGUAACCUUGUCGCAGACAGCUUUCAACCCCAGUAGGAAUAGAGCAGAUCAGAGUCCUGGAUUGGAAGAGUUUGGUAAAUCCGUAGUAUCUUCAUUAUAAACUCAUAUUUUAAAUGUUCUAAGUGUUAUAGAACUGAUCAACCAGCAGAGUCUAUAACUACGUAGGAUGAAAUUUCAGUAUAUAAUGCUACAGAGUUCUGGGAACAUUUCUUAUAACUGACUGCUAACUAGCUGCUUAUUUGUUGCAUUACUGUUGUUGCACAAUUUGGAAAUGACUUAAUUUAACAUUUAUGGAAGCUAUAAGAAAUGUUUUGACUGCAAAAUGGCAAAAUAGAAGAUUUUGCAAUACUUGCAUUUGCCAAACUCUGCAAGCUGUUCGGCUGUACAUUAGAGAAUCUGUUCUCGUAUGAAGGCCUUGAAGUGGCAGUUUACCCCUGUUUUGCCAAAGGGAAAUCUUUCUAACAGGAACUUAACAUUUGCAGUCUGGACUGUAAAGGGUUUUUUAACCAAUGGAUCUUUCUUAAAACCAAAUAUUCAUAUUUCAGUAACAAUCUGACAAAAAACCUGAAUCUUUCUAUUUAAAUUUGUAUGUAUUUGUCUCUUCACUGGUGUGAUGCUGAAGGUUUAUACACUGUAAAAAAAAAAUAAAGAAUAAAAAAAAAGUUAUGCUAGCUUGUGCAAAAGAAAAAAAGGUGCAACAUUAUGAAAAUUGUUUGCACCACGUUUUGAGUAAUUUCAACAGGGUAUACAUUAUCUAAGAUGUUUCAAAAUCAUGUUGGAUUUACUUAAAAUGUGCUUGCUACCUAAUAUAUAAAAUGCUUGCAUUAGUGUAGUUGUUUGCAUCAGCUUAGUUUUUUGUGCAAAUUUUACAAGAAGCUAAAAUUUUACUUUUACCGAAGAUUAGUUCUUUUGGUUUACCAGCUUUAUUGUAUCACCUCUUUGUGUAUCCUUGACUGACAAGCUAGUUCGACAUGAAGCUAAUGGCAGAUUGACAGCUGUUCGGGGUUUAACAAAGUGGGAAGCUAAACAAUAGCUAGCACUAUGUUAGCUGCUACCAGCAGGUUUGCUCGCUUUAUCCACCACAAUAUUAAAUACCUACCAGAUUCAUUGUCCUGUAAAGCAAAGAAUUGCAAUAGCAAUUGAGUUUAGCUUCCUGCUUUGGCUUGGACUUCAAGGACUCAAUGGUUAGCCAAGCCAUCGCUGUACAUAGAAACACUACAAGUAAGUAAGGAGUAGAAAAACCCUGUAAGAUUGCAGUUGUUUGGGUUUCUUUUAUUAUUCAGUGGUGGGGUUAUAAGAAGGGACAGGGUUUUAUGUGUUUUUUGAAGGAAAAGCAUUGCACUGGUUCCUGUUAUGUGAAACGGCUAUGAUGAUUUGUUAACAAAAUUGCUUCUGAUGUAAACAAAUUUAGCUUUUUGAUUGAUUUCCACAGUAAUAACAUUGUACCUGUAAAGAAAAUACAGUUGUGUUGAAUCAGUCGUGAACCAUUAACAAUAUUGCUUCUAAUGUAAAUGUCUUUGUUGCUUCGUUCACUCCUUAACAGACUGACUAAGAGACCGAGGAAUAAAUAAAAGCAACAUCAUACAGCCAAGUAAAUGAGGGAAAGGAAGGACAAGCAACCCUGUCAGUACAAGCUGAGUGAAAAUGUUCUGUUGGGGGAGGGGGGAACUUACCAGAGCUAUUCUCUGCCCUUAAUAAAGUAACAUUUACCAACAUUAAAGGAUGUUAAAGAGAAAAAGGAGGAAAAGGAACAUGAAGAGGACAAAGAUGAAAAAUUUUUAAAAAUGGGGAAAAGAAAAAAAAAAAAAAAAAGAAGUUACAGCCAUAUAUUGAUUUCUGGGUCAGUGAGAUAAAAUGGACUCCUCCUGCCCAGCAUGUGUAUUGUUAUGGUGUCUUAUCUGUCCCUCUGUCUUUUCACCCCUUUCUAUCUUUGUUUUGAAGUUGCUGCCAAAGUAACCAAAAUAGGCAGCAUUUUUUUUUGCCCUGAAUUUCCUGCCCAAACCCCCCUUUCCCCUUCUUCCCCUCCUCCCUGUGCCAUGUUUUCCAUAUUUUGGAAUGUCAAUGUGCUACUUGUUGACACUGUGCAUGAAUGAUAACAUGUCUGUAUAUAGUUAUGGAGAAUCGUAUCCCAUUCCCAUGGUGUUGACAGAAAAAAAGUUUGAAUGUUGUAUAGAUUCAGUUUUUGUUUUUUUUUUUUGCUUUGUUUUGUUUUUUUUUUCUGUUCAUUUACUUUUUUGUGUGUAGAGCUUAACAGUUUAAAGCUGCAAAGCCUUUUGGUUUGAAGUUAUUGCACAUUACUGAUUAAUUCAUUUGGUUAAAAAGGCAAUAUCUGCUGUUAUUGAAUGAGAGAUGAGAUCUUAAAGGAGUUAUGUAUCUUAAAUAAUCUAUAUGGGAGUUGCAUGGGUUAUUUGUACAAAAAAGACACUGCUUGCUACUUCUAAUACUGUGGCUGUAUUCUUCGAAAGAGGCUGAGGAAUACUGUAUGUACAUCUAAAGGUUAUUUUGUCAUUAAAGAAAUAAUAUUGUGUAUAUACUGUACAGUGCUAUCAGUGAGGUGGACUAUAUGGCCAUCAAGCUAAUUACAGAGAAUUAAUUCUACAUAUUUAUUUAAAGGAAACAAAAUACUCACUACGCUCAAGAAUGACAUAUAUUGCCUUUUUGGAGAAGUUUAAACUAGUCUCUUUUUCUGCCUUGCCUUCAUUAACUUUCUUCUUCUCUGGCUGGUUCCUUUUAUCUCAGUCCUCACAUCUUUUUCCCUGUAUUAUUUUUCUGCUGGAGAGCUGGUUCUGAUAGUGUUUUCAGUUUGCUUUAGGCAGUAUCAUGUUUUCUGGUUCUUUUUUGAUUAACAUAUUUUGGGCUGCUUUCUAAACAGUAUCUCUAUGCCUACCGUAUUCACCUGUUUUCUAUAUAGUUCGUCCAUUUCUAGUUCAGCACAAUAUAUCUGCAUGUGUACUCAUCUGUCUUACUGUGUCAGAAGAUCAUUUGCUGUAUUUAAGUCACCAUCUGUCUGGUUCGUAACAGUCUGUCAUUUUUCCUGGUUGCUUGAAUUCAUGUUUUUAUCCAUAUUUCUAAAUCCAUCCUCUCCUCCAGCACAUCUUUAUCCACUUCCAAACGUCCCUUUCAAUCUACCAUUUCUGUCCUUUUGUCUCUCUUAGCUCUUACCAGGUGUAGUUGGGGAUUGCUUUUUAAUAGUAUGGUUUUUUUUUUGUUUUGUUUUGUUUUUUAUGAAACAGUAACCACAUUCGUUUGUGAUCUCUUUUUGUUUUGCCUUGAUUAUUUAUUUUGUUCUUUUUCUCACCACUUUUCCUCUCCCAGUGUGCUGAUAAUUUUCUCUUCUUUGUGUUAAUUUUUGUUUGUUUAAAACACAAACUGGUAGGCAGAAAGUUGUAUGUGUGUCACCACUAACUGUGACUGCUCUCCAUGGUACUUGGUACUUCUGAUAAUACCAGUAAAAUAAAGUUUGGGAUUCCCUG